GUUUUUAAUUUGAACAGAGAAAAACCGGUUUGUGUUACUGUUGGGGCCUAAGAAAGGGUUUCGUUCUUUCACUCUACCACUAUCACUGGAAAAAGACUAGGGCUGAGAGCUUUAUCGAAAAUCUUCCCAGAAAAAGGUUCAUUCGCUUUCUGUCUCUGCUUCUUCCAAAAUUCCCCAAAGUUUUUGUUCCGACCCUCUUGUGCCUCUAAUCAGGUGGUCAACAAGACAUGUCAUCUGAUACUGCCAAAGAAAACGCAUCUGUAGUUGAUUCAUCAGUGACUGAAUGGAAAAAUGACAGGAAUCUGGAUGGUCCAGUUUUGUCAGAGAGCCAUAGCUAUAGAUCCAAUGAGGAUGGCUGUCAAAUUGGAGCAGACGAGCAAGUUCACUCUUAUGAACAGCGUCAAAAUUGUAGUGAAACUAAAAAGGGUAAACCAUGCAAUACAAGAUACUUCAUUAUCAAGAGUUUGAACCACCAAAAUAUUGAGUUGUCAAUUGAGAAGGGAAUUUGGGCUACUCAAGUCAUGAAUGAGCCUAUUCUUGAAGAAGCCUUUCGUAACUCUGGAAAAGUAAUUUUAAUUUUCAGUGUCAACAUGAGUGGGUUCUUCCAAGGGUAUGCCCAAAUGAUGUCUUCCAUUGGUUGGAGACGAGACAAUGUUUGGAGCCAAGGAACUGGUGGAAAUAAUCCUUGGGGUCGCACUUUUAAAGUCAAAUGGCUGCAGUUACAUGAUUUGCCUUUUCAAAAGACUCUGCAUCUAAAAAAUCCAUUGAAUCAAUAUAAGCCUGUUAAAAUUAGUAGAGAUUGCCAGGAGUUACCUCAGGAUAUUGGUGAAGCCCUUUGUGAGCUUCUUGACGGGAAGGAUGAUGUGGAUGUCAGUUUGAAAAGGGUUGAAUUCUCCAAGGUUGAUCUUCCUUUGAGGAGGCCUUGUGUGGAGCCUUCUGGUUCAUUAAGAUUUGAAGACUUUGUGCCUUCAGUGCAUAUGGCACCCACACUUUAUCCCUCAUUAGUCUACCACCAUCAAGCUGAAGCUAGUAGAUUUGACCAAGGAUAUCAGAGACCAAGUGCUGGAAGCCAUGGGAAUGUACGCUCUGACAGUGAUACAUCUGCUCAGUUUAUUGGUUGGGGAAAGUCAACUGAAAGGAGCCCCCUUGCUAGUAGUUUGACUGAAGAUGAUCUCCUGGAAAUGACAUAUGAAGAGUACCUUGAAGCUCAUAGCAGACACAACAAGAAACUAUACCAGUCGGAUAUCGGAGAUUUGUUUCCUCAAAAGACUCUUUCGCCAGUGAAGAUAUAUGAUACAAGGUGCUGUGCCAGCCUCCAACAUUCAAAAAUCAUCAGUUAAAGCUGCACGUUUUGAUGAUGUGAAGUUGGGCAGCAGUUCAAAGAAGAGGCCUCGUCACAGAUCCCCAAGACGAUAACUGCUUUUUCUAAGAAAAGACUGCUGUAGUUAGCCCAAUGAUGAGACUGAAAAUGUCCCGGGUUAGAAUUGUUCUUUUUGCACAAAAUGGCUUUGCUAUGGAGUUACUACUUAUUUUGUAAUUCCUGGAACUAGGAGUUAACUGUUGUAACGUUGUAUUAUAGUGUUGACCUAUUAUAUGAAUCAUUAGCGAACAUCUUUUUAGUAAAUUUUUUGUAUGGGUGGUAACAAACUUGUACAGAAAAUGACUGUUGCCUGCCCAUAACCCUAGAUACGUUUUGUCAGUUUGAUGUCCUCUCUUUUUUUUUUAAAAAAAAGAAAACUGGGAAUAUUUCCUACUGUACAAGAUUUGAUAAUUGUCCUUUUGUUAUGGCUUGUGGUGGUGGACUGGUUGAUAAAACUAGGGCUGAAGGUGAUGCUCACUCUGAAUACUGUACUGAUGGAGGGGUUGAAGAGGAUAACAGCUCAAGCUGAUGGCUAUGCAAUUCCUGUUGCUGAUAAGAGCAGAGUAUUUGGUGUUUUAUGUUGAAUGGUUGUAAUAUGGACGAGAUUUCAUUAGAUAGCUGACUGAGUUACUAUUUCAAAGGGUAUAGCUAGGAUUAUUGUUUGCAUACAUAGGAACAGAUGUGCAUAUUGGAUAAAUUAUAAGGCACUUGAUGGAUUUUAGUAUCAGAUUAAUUGGUCUCUGUGUAUCUGGAGCCUACUGGUUGAGGGGACAGUUCUGCUGUUGGACUAUUCUGGGUUGUUUUUUCAUGUAACUAUGAAUAUGUAUGAAGUAAAAGCUGGCCUUCUUGAUGUC